AUGGCCGCCCGCAAUUCAUCUGCGCCCGCCGCACACCCGCUCCACCAGGAUUCCGUCGCCGCCCCCAACUCGCCCCUGCUGGCCGCCGACCCGCUCCACCAGGCUGCCGUGGCCAACCCCAACUCUCCCGUGCUCGCCGCCAACCCGGUCCACCAGGCCAGCGCGGCGGCGUCGUCGGGGAUGUACGGCGCUCCUGGGGCCCUCCCAACCGAGCAAGGGUCUUUGACGGUGCUGCCGCCCCUGCCGCCGCCACAAGGCGCGCCUGUGAUGAAGACGGUCCAGGGCGUGAACAUGAUGGUUCCGACGCCCCUGCAAGGACCCCCGGUGAUGCAAGGGGCAAACACGGUGGUGCCGAUGCCCCUGCGGGAGCUGGUCAUGACCGUGCCCCUACAAGGCAGACCUGUGAUGGCACCUCUGCCUUUCCCCGCAGGUCCUCCAUCCAUGAUGGCACCUCCGUCCUUUUAUGAUGUCGCUUCACCAAUGACGGUGCAGCAGCCUCCACAUGCCGGAUACAUGAUGGGCCAGCCGCUGUUGCGUGCCAGCCCUCCACCGAUGGCGGCGCUGCAUCUCCCACAGGCCGUACACAUGGUGGCACAGCCGCCUUUGCCAGCUGGCCCCCCUCCUCUCAGGCGUCGCCGUCCUGACUACUUUGACAUGCCUUUUGGACCGCGGAUGACUGGUUUUGAGCUGGAAAUGGCUGGAUUUGAUGAAUCAAUGGGACUGCCUUAUGGGCCUUACAUAAACAAUGAGAUGCCUUCUGUUGGUUCGUAUGAGCCACGUCUUCCUUCAGACGCAUCAAACACCCUACAUGUUGAAGGUUUCCCACCCAACUGUACUAGACGGGAGCUUGCACUCUUUUCUUUUGUGUUUUAUCUUGCACCAUUUAGUGCUUCAGCUCCUUGA